AUGGGAGUUUGCACCUCAUAAAGUCAACCAAAAAAAGUAUAGAAACACAAAAAUCAAUCUUUAACCAUGCCAUCUUAAUAACCUCUAACUACAAGGGAAUAAAAAACAGUUACAGUUCAAUUUUAAGAGCCUACUUCGAUUAAAAGAAUUACAACACCAGUUCGACGUGUUUCACCUAAUUAAGUGACUACUCCUGUUUAAAAAGCAUCCCCAAAUAAUACAACCACUCCAGUUUAAAGAGUUUCUCCUUCUUUAUAAUCAACUCCUAAAACUAUGAUUGUCUAAUCUACAUAAUAAUAGGAAAAGGCUAGAAAUGGAUCUCUAUUGAAUAUUCCUAUGCAAAGAAUUAAUUCAAGAUAAGGAUCAAAAUCAAUCUAAUCUCCAGCAUCUAGAAAGUAUUCUGUUGUCUCAGGAUUAAAUCAUAGUAAAUUUUUUUAUUUUUAAGUUUGAAGAUAGUCAAAGUAAAACCAUCAUGUAACAUAAUGAGACUGGAUAACUUGUUUUGGUUGAAAUACUCAAAUACGAAAAUAGAAAUCAAUAAUAUAUAGAUAUGUUAGAUGAGCUCCAAUUGGUAUAAUCUAUAAAUUAUUAAAUAGGACCACAUGCAUAUUGUUAAAAUUAUAGAUAUUCAUAUUGAUUCUCAAAAAAAAAAUUAUUAAGUUAUCUAUGAACAUUGUCAAGGGGGAACACUAUCUAAGUUUUAAGACUCUUAAGAAUUGGAUUAUCAAACAAUAGGAUCCAUAUUUUAUUAAAUGGUAGAAGCCUUAGCUUAUGUACAUAAAUUAGGUUACAGUCAUGAUGAAUUGACGAUUGAUAGUUUUUCAGUUUUUGAUGAUUCUUCUACACCUUUCAUCAAAUUAUCUGAUAUUAGAAGCAUUUAUUAAUUUAUGUAUCCAAAGAAUUCUCUUCUUUAUGAACCACCAAAUUCAUCUAAUCAUCAUCAUCAUCACAAAGACUCUGAUAAAUUCUAAAAUAUAUAAACCAAAAACAGAAGUUAAUCAAAUGACAUCUGGGCAAUAGCUAUUAUUAUUUUACAAUUAUUAAAUCAUGAAUUUCCUUUUGAAAUUGAAAAUAUUAAUAAGUUCAAACCAGAAAAAGAAUUUGCUAAAUAAACAUUAGAUAUCUAUCCUUUAUUGAUAGAAAUGCUUCAUCAUAAUCCAAAUGAUAGAAUAACACUUGAAAAAUGUUUGGUUCAUCCUUAUCUAAUAAAAAUGAAAUAAAUUCAACCUAAAGAUUAUUUAUAACCUUUUAAUAACAUCAUCAAAUCUAAAAAUAUGACUUAUCUACACAAAUGUCUAUUUCAAUAUCUUCUAUCCUUUUAUGCAUCUGACCAUUUAAAAGUACUAACAAAACUAUUUACUGCUGCAGAUCUUGAUAAAGAUGGCUAAUUAAACAAUUAAGAAUUAUAGCUUCUUUUCAAAGAACAACCUUAAGAAUAGGCUUUAUAAAUUUCUGACUUUGUUGACAUAACUCUUGAAGAUUUUCUUUUAUUCGCUGCGGAUAAAUAGCUUGUACUUACUCCGGAUUGCCUAUCAUCAAGUUUUAAAGCUUUCUCCAAAUCAUAUAAUUAUAUCACUCCAAAAUCAAUUAGCAAAAUGAUACCUGAUAGUGAUGAAGAAAAACUCUAAUAAGAUUUUGAUGCUUAUAACUUAAAUUAUACAGUAAAAAUAUUGAUUUAUUUUUAUAUAGUUUUAAUAGAAUGAGUAUGAAGAAUUUCUCACCAAUUACCAAUCUCCAAAGCCUAUAAUUUGAAGAUAUCAG